AUGCCAUCCACCUUCACCCCUCUCCUGGUCCGCCGCCAUCACCGCGCCUCCUCUCGCACGACACCCCCUCCCUGGCCCUACGCUACGCACUUCUUGUAUCCCACGGGUGCUCCAACGAUGCCAACCCUCUCUCUACCCGGCCGUUCGCCGCUACUACUGGAGGACGACGGAGCCGGCACCGCAAGGCAACUCACGCCCUCAUGGCAUAUACAUAUCGCCUCGCUUCCCGUUCUCGUCCUGUCCACCUGCACUCUUCUCACCCACCGUACCGUUACGGUCAAAGAUCCCGCUGCCAUCCGCAAGCGCAGACGUCGCGCUCCCGCAGGUGGUGCCGCAGAUGAUUGCUUCGCCUGCUCAAAACGCAACGUAAAGUGCGACCGCCGGCGGCCGUACUGCUCACAAUGCCUUGAAGUCGGCAACGAAUGCUCGGGCUACAAGACCCAGCUGACCUGGGGUGUUGGCGUUGCCAGCCGUGGCAAGCUUCGUGGUCUCUCUCUGCCCAUCGCCAAGGCACCUCCCGUGGCCCGUGAGCCCAAGAAGGCUCCCGUGGCCCGCGGCCGAUCCAACUCGACCAUGACUACACUCUCUGCUCACUGGGACGAGCAUGACGAAGUUCACCACGUCAGCCAUCGUGGCGCCAUUGAUAUUCCCACCUCGCACUCUUCAUACGCCAACUCUGGAUACGACUAUCUUGCCAUGUCACAUCAGGAACACGGCCACAUGCACCCCCAAUCUGUUCCUCACGGCAGCUGGAGCAGCGUUCAAUACAGCGCCUCCCCCAUGAUGCCGUCACCGGAUGCGCGGACCACUCCCAAGUUCUCUAAAUGGCCGCUACCCAUCAUCACCGACGGCCUCUCCUCCUCCGUUGACUCUCUGAGCGAGGUCGAUUACAUGUCGCCCAUGAGCCAAGGAUACACCCGCGAGGAUAUGCCCCCCUUCGGACACAGCCCUACCGUUGGAUACGAUGGAUAUCCCAUUCACCACCAGACGUCACCAAUUUCUCGCAGCCCGCCUCCCACCUUGCUCAUUGACACCAGCCGCGUGUCUAACUCGUGUGGUGGCCUCAUCUAUGGUGGUCCCUCGGACAGCAGCUCCAGCCUCCACUCGCAGCUGGACCACUUUGAAUCUAUGCGCCAUCACAAGUCGGCAGCGGACUGCGACGGUCUCAGCGUCCCUGAUGUCAACAACGGCCACUGCAAUGCCAUGUCACCAGGCUGGCACACCAGAGUCAAGGAGGAAGACAUGCACUCGCCACUCUCCGAGUUCAAUCCCAACCACUGGCCUGCCAUUAGGGAGCAACCUCAGCCUCGACUCGGCCUGAAUGUUACUGCCAAGAUGACAUUUUUUAUGGACUACUACAAGAUGACAAUGGCACCAUCCAUGGUUGUCAUUGACACGGCUCACAACCCUUUCAAGAACCAUAUUCUUCAGCUCGCGAGCGGCAGCCAAAGUCUGCAGCAUGCCAUCUGCGCCCUGGCGGCCUGCAACCUCCGCAUGAAGCGCAGGCUCAGCCUCGGCCAAGACACUCGGGAGCUUUAUGAGAAGCUAAUGGCCGAGAAGCGUGCUACCGAGAACGCCGGGGAUGCCCCACCUCAAGAUCCCUCACACGCCGAAGAGAUUCAACACCGCAACCUGGCCGUGCAGCUGCUCAACCAGCAGCUGAGCGAUCCAGUCAAAUCGAGUGACGACUCGGUCCUCGCCACCAUCUUGAUUCUCUGCCACUACCGCAUGGCAGAGUCGGGAAUCGCCAAGUUUCACACACAAUUUGCAGGUGUCAAGAAGAUUCUGGCCAUGCGGAGUCCACAACAAUUUGGUGGGUCCACCAGCGACGUCGCAUGGAUGGAGACAUUGUUUAGCUACUUUGACGCUAUUUCGGCCACGAUUAAUGAUCGCGAGGCGCAGCUGACCUCUGUUGAUGACUGCUUUGCCGCUGGCACUAUGCCCGCUGGCGCCGUCAACAUGGUUGGCUGCGACCGCGAACUUUUCAGAACGAUUGGCAAGCUUGGUAGGCUAAACAUGCUCUCCCAACACAGGCCUGUCCAAAAUAUGGCUGGCUCUAUGCAGGCGACAGGAGAUUCUCCGCUGGCAACCCGCUCCAUGAGUCACGGCUACAAGAAUAGCAUCAGCAGCGUGCACAGCCAGACUCAAGGGGCCGAAUUGUAUGUAACGCCUUCGAGUCAGCGUUUCGACGGCAACGGCUUCGGCACCUUGCUCGAUGAUGACGAGCUACUCACCUCGGCCAUGUCAACCUCGACGGCUUUUGAAGACCGACGGGCGCUGUUCUGGGCCGAGUGGAAAGAAGCACGCCAGGCCCUGCAGCAUUGGCACUUUGAUGCCGGGGCCGUGGCCUCUGAGCUUCCCGGCGGCCCGAACCCCAGCCACCUGCGGGACCUGGAAUCAUUGUCGGAAGCUUUCCGUUAUGCGGCCAUGUUAUACACGGAGCGACUAGCCAGUCCGAGUCUGCCAUCGAGCCACACCAACUUUCAGAAUCUUGUAAGCCAAGUGGUUUACUACGCAACGAGUCUCGAACCUGGCAGCUCGGCGGAAAAGUUUCUGCUCUGGCCACUGUUUAUUGCAGGCUCCGAGUGCGUCAACGAACUGCAGCAGAACAUUGUGCGGUCCAAGUGCAAGGACAUUAUGGCGCGUUCUGGUUACAUGAAUAACCUUGCUGCCCUGGACGUGUUGGAACGUCUGUGGUCGGGCGAUUUCCGAAACGGUAGCGAGAUGAACCUGUAUGGGAGCCAGGCCAAGAUGGGAGGAGCGCGAGGCCCAUUCAACUGGUCCAAGUGCUUGGGAGGUCCUGGUGUUGGCGUGGAGUGGAUUAUGUUUUGA